GUGGGAGAUGGCAACAGCUAUCCAAAUAAGGAUCCAGACAGGGAUAUGAGCUGGAAUUUUACAGAUACUUUUUAUGGCUCAGGGGAACAUCAUUCCUUCACGCUCCACCCUUACAAACCACCACAGGAGCAAUAGGACUUGGUGAUUUUCCAAGCUCCUCCAUCCGAAUCAUGAGUCCCUUGUGACUGGGAGAAAUAUUACCCCAGAGGAGGUUAAUGUUUAAUGAGGGCUGUCUCCAAUGUUUGUCCUAUCCAAGCUGUCAUUGGCAUUGCACAUUCAGAGCAUCGAGCAGAAGGCGAGAGGUUGUGUGUGACUGGAGAGAUGUCUGAUGCACAGGAUAUGAAUGGCCAGGAACGAUUUUUCUAUGACUAUGAGACUGUUAGGAGAGGAGGUCUCAUCUUUGCAGCGGUAGCAUUUGUGGUUGGCCUGCUAAUAAUUUUCAGUGGCAGAUUUCGCUGUGGGAGGAAAAAGCAACUGAGAGCGCUAAAUGAAGACUACUAAAUACAGGAAACGUAGAUGGACCAGAGAAGGACAGGGAGCAGACUGGAAAACCAUGUACUUGCCAUGAAUGGGGUCUUCCAAACCAACAUGAGCGGAACCAUUCCUUGGGCAACCACCGGAUACCAUCUGUUACUGCUGUCACAAAUCUGCCUUCCCUGCCUAUAUUUUGUUCCGAUUUUUUUUUAAAGCAUCACCAUUCCUAAUGAGUUUGGAAAUGUCAUAUAAUUUACUCUAGCUCGGGAUUGGUAUAUGUAACUAGAGUGUGAGCUUGUGUGUUGUGUGCAAUGUGCAUGGUGAAUGUGCAGUGGUGUCACCAGGGGGUGAAAGAGGGGGGCAUAAUGGUUCCUCCCAUAUGCUGCCAAUUGUGCUCCCCCUUGCUUUUUCAACCACUACUCUACUGAUGGCUUCCCCAACCCCACUGGUCCUGCACAAUCCCUACCCAGCAACACCCAUGACACUCCCUGCCCAUGUUUGGUCUGGCCCCACCCCUCCUAUUGCAGACCCACCUACGGCACACCCUAUUCUGCCCCUCCCCUUGCAUGGGCCUAAGCAAGUGCCCCCUCAUUAUUACUUUCUAGUGAUGCCACUGUAUGAAUGAGCGUGUGUAUGUGCAUGUGUGCAAGCAGAGUAUCUGAGCUACACCCUUCUCAUUGUGCUUGAUUUCAGAUGGUAACAUCCUCUCCCUUUGUAUAAUUUAACAUGAUA